AUGGAGGGAAGAUCAUACUCAGACUUCUAUAGAAACACGAGUGAAGAGUUGUUUAUUAAGACCAUGAUGGAGGGCUCGAUUGGAAUGCCAGCUCCAACUAUGGAGAUGUUGGGGUUUAAGAAUUUGUCGAAUAACUUCCGGACAGAUAGUGAGGAACUCUUCAAAAGCUGGCUCACAAAUGGAGAGAAUAAUGUCUACAAUCCAGCUACCAUAGCCCAUCAUACUCGAUCGCGAAGGGGGGUUCACUUCAGAGAAAGAGAAGCAAUGAAGCUAUAUUCUCACAAAAACAGUUCUGGGGCUGAUGAACCAUCAACCGACCUCAGUCAACAUUCAUUCAGGAAUCCGGUGGAACGGGGUCUGCAGGGUAUUAAUUUAUACCUGGCUAAGGCAUGGUUCCAUAGUUCUCAACCCAUGACUAGAAACCGUUCCUCUGAAUUAAGGAGGAAAUAUGUUGCAAUGCAGAACUGCCACUCCUCACUGGGAAUGGAAACGGAGCAAAACAUAUCUGGCAUG